AUGGAGCCUAUCCGAAAUAUCCUGCGCCACAAGAAGGCUAGUGUCCAGUUCUACGAAGCCGAGGCCACCAAGAUCGACUACGAGAAGCGGAUUGUGUACAUCAGUGAUGAUUCGGAAAUUAAGGGUGAUAUCUCGCACACCGAGGUUCCCUUCGACAUGCUUGUGAUCGGUGUUGGUGCCGAGAACGCGACUUUUGGUAUUCCCGGUGUUCGUGAGAACUCCUGCUUCCUGAAGGAAGUCGGUGACGCCCAGAACAUCCGCAAACGUAUUAUGGACUGUAUCGAGACUGCCUGUUUCAAGGAUCAAACCGAGGAAGAGGUCAAGCGUCUGCUGCACAUGGUUGUGGUGGGCGGUGGCCCUACUGGUGUUGAGUUCGCCGGUGAACUGAAGGACUUCUUCAACGAUGACUUGAAGAAGUGGAUUCCCGAAAUCAAGGACAACUUCCACGUCACUCUCGUCGAGGCUCUGCCCAAUGUUCUGCCCAUGUUCUCGAAGCAACUGAUUGACUACACCGAAUCGACUUUCAAGGAGGAGGAGAUCUCUAUCCGCGCCAAGACCAUGGUCAAGAAGGUUACCGACAAGUACAUCCAGGCCGAGGUGACCAAGCCCGAUGGAUCCAAGGAGCUUGAGACUAUCCCCUACGGUCUUCUCGUCUGGGCCACCGGUAACGCCGUCCGCAGCGUCGUCCGCGACCUCAUGUCCCAGAUCCCCGCUCAGGCCGAGUCCCGCCGUGGUCUCGCUGUCAACGAAUACCUCGUCGUGAACGGUACCGAGAACGUCUGGGCCGUCGGUGACUGCGCCAUUGCCAACUACGCCCCGACCGCCCAGGUUGCUGGUCAGGAAGGUGCCUUCUUGGGCCGCCUCUUCAACACCAUGGCCAAGACCGAGGCCCUCGAGCAAGAGUUGGAGUCCCUCUCAGAGCGUCAGUCCCAGGCCAAGGGCGCCGAGGAGCGCAACCAGAUCUUCGACGAGAUUCGUGAGCGUCAGAAGCACCUCCGCCGCAACAAGCAGAUCGGUCCCUUCCAGUACUCGCACCAGGGCUCCUUGGCUUACAUCGGUAAGGAGCGUGCCGUCGCCGAUAUCAGCUGGCUGAGCGGCAACAUCGCCAGCGGUGGUACUAUGACCUACCUGUUCUGGCGCAGUGCCUACCUGAGCAUGUGCUUCAGCACUCGCAACCGUGUCCUUGUCUGUGUCGACUGGGUCAAGGCUCGUCUCUUCGGUCGUGAUGUCUCCCGGGAGUAA